AUGACGUCUCCUCUGUUGAUCGUCAGUUCGCCUGUUGGUUCACUUGCUCCUGCAAUGGGGCGUCAGACGUUUUCUAUUUGGAUUUUUCUCUUGGCUAUGCUUCGGGCUUCUGAGGUGCCAACUGGUGUGCAUCCGUCAAGUGAGAAUACUGUCUUUGCUCAUGUACUGUUAGAUAGCGUCUUUUAUGAACCCUUCAAACCGUUUACUUGCUUGGAUAAGUCUGCAACCAUACCUUGGGAUAGAGUGAACGAUGAUUAUUGCGAUUGCCUUGAUGGGUCUGAUGAGCCCGGUACAUCUGCAUGCCCUGAUAUGGAGUUCUACUGUCCGAAUGUCGACCACGAAGGUGUCUUCAUCCAUUCAAGUUUCGUUAAUGAUAUGGUAUGUGGGAUAUUAGCCAACCUUAUUAUUGCUGCUCUCCUUCAUAAACGUUACGCCUUGAUGCAAUCUAGGGCAUUAGCUAAGGAAAGGGAAGAACAGGUUCAGAAAAGGCGCAAAGAAAUCGAAAGUGGUCAUCAAAUCUACCAAGAGUACGUUACAAGGAAGGCUGUUGAACUCGCAGAGGAAGCCAAACGCCAGGCCGAAGAGGCCGAAAAGCGCGCUCUGGAAGAGGCCGAGAAACAGAUGCUAAAUAAGUCUGCAGACUCGGAGUCUGAUAUUGAGAUGCCUCCACUAGAAGGAGGAAAGACGGAACACAUCGAGGAGCCCAGUGCAGCGCAAGCCAAUGAGGACUUCAUAGAAGAUGGUGAUCAUGAGGUCGAAGAGGACAAACAGGAUGAUGAAUGGAAAAUAGCGAAAGGUGUUGAGGAGGGAGCUUCCUUACCGAGUGGUAAGUUGCCUUUUGCUGAGUACAAAACCCAAAUUCGAGGUGGUGGACCCCCAUAUGUCUUGCCAGUUGGGUAUUGA